AUGGAACCUGUUACAGUAUUUGAUGAUAUGUCAUUCCAUGAAAACAAUACCACAAACAUGACAUUUUGCUAUGAAUCUGGACAUAUGCUCAUCAACAAGCAUGGAGCCUUUCCCAUAACAAGUACAGAACCUGUUACAGUAUUUGAUGAUGUGCCCUUGAUUAAUAAAAGUCCUAAUAUUGAAAAUUUAAAUAUAAAACCCCAAGUUGAUGACCAAUUGUGUCAAAAAUAUUACAAUGAAUUAAUUCUAUAUGAACAUGGUAAGCCUAAAAUAGAUCAAAAACAAAAGAAUAAAAGUUAUCAUCAAGGUGGAAAACAUCCAAAACAUAUUUGUAUGGAAAAAUAUGAAACUUUAAACAAGACCUUAAUUGAAACAUCAAAAAAUUUAGAUGAGUUACAAGAGCAUACAAAUAAAUUAGAAGCUAAAUUAGAACAAGCAUUAAGACUCUUUAUGUCAGGAUGUAGUACAUCAGAAAUUGGAAUAGAUUCACUUGCUGGAUGGGAAAUUAAUAAUUAUCUUAAGCAUUCUCUCAUAGCAGUUCCUGCAGAUUUUCCAGGUCAAUUAUAUAUUAGACAUUUAAUUGUGCAGAAAUUAAACCUAAAAGAAUCAUCACCAAUCCCAGACAUAGUCACUUGCCUUGUGCCUUUUUUGGGACCUUUACACAUGUCUCUUAAUACUUCAAAGUCUCAACCUUGGAAGAUGGAUAUUUUGCUAUAUUUGGCUCAUGCAUCAUGGAAGAUAGUCAGAAAACAUAUUGUUAAACAUUUUGAUAAAAGUAAAGAUCUUGCAUAUUGUACCUUUUUUCAUUUGUUGGAUUCACUGAUACCAUCAACUUUAGACCUAUGUGGCACUUUUUCAUGGAAGCCAUUUUGA